GGCUAACAGAAUGGGAGCCCAGGAGUCCUCCAACGGCAACUAUGGACUAAUGGGAGCCAGUGCUGUGGUGGCCAACUUGAACAAACAAGUCCAAAGCGCUAGACCCUGGUCAUUGCUGCAUCAGUGUUCCCUGGAUCAGUGGAACUCCGGACAUGGAGCUGCAGCAGCAUUUUCUGAAACAACCCUCACCUGUAAUGGGAUUGUGUUUAAGGACUGCAGUCCAGCUUUCUGCAUCAACCGUCAAGGCUUGCUCAAUGUCAACAAAUCGGAACCCUUCUUCAGCUUCCGAAGAAAGAGCAAGUUUACAAAGAUGGCUGAACACUUUGAAUACAACCAUAUACCAGCUCAUUUGUCCUCCAUUCAGAACUUUCAUGUAAAUAGUGUGCUGUGUUGUCAAGGGCACACAGUUAUUUUGCAUUUAGUUCGUAAUCUCAUGACACAGUUUGGUAUCAUUGACCUGAAAGCCAAUAAGUUUCUGGGAAUAUUUGGAAAUCAGCGGGUGGAGUUUGUUAAUGAAGCUUUGAGAGGAGAGAUUUCUCCAGAUGGGACGUUAUGCCUGAUCAAGCAUCCAACUACAAAGAUUGGUGGCAGCGGGUUUGUCUUCCAGCUCUACAACAUCAACACGAGGGAGCUGGUAUCCGAGGUGGAUUUAGCCUACAACCAUGCUCUGUUUGUGUUCGAUCCCCGCUGCUGCUCCUCCAGAAUUGCAGUUACCAGCUUUGUUCCCAGUGAGGACAACAGUUUAAGUCUAGUCCAAGUACCAUCGUGGGAUGUGAUCACCACCAACUCUAGAGUGGAUGACUUCAACUCUAGUCUGAACCCCAGCCUCAAGGAUUUAAAAUUCUCUAGAGAUGGGCAUCUUAUAUUUGCUGUUAUGGUUACCAGUGGAUGUCACUGCAAGGAAAGGAAAGCUCGGAGGUUCCAGCCCAUCGAUGUCAGCAUUUAUGUAUUCGAUGGCGACACAGCUCAAAUCCUCCACUGCGUACAGUACCACCGUUAUGCCUGUGGGCAGCAUUCUUGCCUAGUCAGCUACAUGCCAGUCUUUUCUGAAUGUGGAAGCCGAAUGGCCAUUGUUCUAAAUGACUUAGAAACACCCAUAGACCAUGUCCAGAUCUACAAACUCCCCAUCCGAGGGAAUCUUCAGAAUAGAUGUCGGAUUCGCAUUCUGCAGACCUUUCCCCCAGAAACUUUAAAGCUUCUACCACUGCCACGUAGACUCAUAAACUAUUUAUGCUUUCAGCCAGACUAUUUGUGA